CAGCCAUCUGAAUUAAAGAAAAAUAUAAUCAAAUAAACAAAGAAGCUCUCAAAAGUUCCUUCAUCACAGUUUUAUAGUAAUUUAAUAAACAUAAUAGAAUAAAAAUGUAAUGAACAUUUUAGAACAAAUUUUAUUAUAAAAUUUACCAUGAAUAGUUUAUCAUCCUUAAAAAUCGUGGAUAUAUGAAGAAUGGAGGAAUUAAUAGGUAGGUAGGUAGGUAGGUAGGUAGGUAGGUAGGUAGGUAGAUAAAUAGCUAGCUAGCUAGCUAGCUAGCUAGCUAGCUAGCUAGCUAGCUAGAUAGAUAGAUAGAUAGAUAGAUAGAUAGAUAGAUAGAUAGAUAGAUAGAUAGAUAGAAUUCUUUAUUGGCCAAGGGUGAUUGGACACACAAGGAAUUGUCUGGUGCAUAUGCUCCCAGUGUACCUAAACAGACAAGAUACAUUCGCUAAGAAUCGUAAGGUACAACAUUUAAUGCUAGUCAUAGGGUACAAAUCAAAUCAAUCGUCAGGAUACAGCAACAAGUUACAAUCAUACAUUCGGAAGUGGGAGGAGAUGGGUGAUAGGAACGAUGAGAAGAUAAUACAGCCAUCCUCAUCUUCCUAUCAUCAUUCCUGCAGAUGCAGGUUCCUUACAGCAUUUUAGAAAAGAUUACAAAUAAAUUGAACAGAGAAGCAAAGAGAUUAUGUAUGAACUCCUUGGAAAAAAAAAGAGUGAUUAUCAGAAAGAAUGGAUUUCUCAAGAAGACAGUUGCCUGGCUAAUCUCCCAGGUACACAAGAUAGGAAACAUGACCAUAUGAGCUAACUCUAUUGGAAAAAUGCAUCAAGAGAUUCUUACAAGUCUGAAAGUACAAAUCUCUCACAAACUCUUAAUGCCUGAAAAGUGAUAGAAGAUCUGUUCUGAUUUUCUUCUGAAGUAGAUCUGAAGAGAGCGAGGGGCCAGAGUUAUAUGUAAGUCUUGGCACAGUUCAUCAAAUCUUUACAUAAUUCUAUUAAGUUCACACUUUCAAUAAAACAUUCGUAAUUUCUACAUUGGCAAUAGGACUAUCAAACAAGUGACGGAAAUUAUAUUCUAGUAAAGUUUGGGAAAUAAGGUGGGAAUAGCAACAGUUGAAUUUGAUUUUUAAACAGAACCUUUCAUGAUGACUGCCUUGUGCUCCCUCAUAAACGAGGAACUGCCUUAAUCACUGAGGAAGCAACUUGUUGGGAUAUGUUGACAGUUAGACCUUUGUGAGAAGUGAGAACUUUCCCCAUAUUCUACAUCCAUAAGUUUACUUUGCUUCUGAAAAUCAUUUUGAAUUUGUUUGUGCCUUUCGUGGAAAAAAAGAAAAAUAAUUGAUUAAAGUAUUAUUUCCUAUGUAUUUACACACAUACACACACGCGCGCGCGAAGGUAUUUUUAACGUGUUGUAAUUGAAUAAAAAGGUUGAUAAUUCAAGUAAAAAAAACCCUGAGGGGGCUAAUUUCUCUCCGGUCUUCAUGAUUUGCAGAAAGAUAAUGGAAAUAUCAAAACUUCUGGCAGAAAAAGAGGAGCUGGAAUUAAAAAUUCAGGAGCUUACAAAUAAAAAUCUACAAUUGGCCAAAGAAAAAGAGAAACUUUGCGAAGAGUAUGAAGAAAAGCUGAGCAGAAAAAAUAGUUCAGAUGAGUCUGGGCAGCUGGAAAAACUCAGACGAGAGAAUGAGAGUCUCAGCUGCAAGGUGCAGAAAUACGCUGAAGAAAAAGCAGAGCUCCUACGAGAAAAUAAUGACCUCAAAGACGAACUUUAUCGAAAGACAGCAGUGAUGUCAAAAAUGACAUUAGAAAACAAAGAGCUCCAAAAUAAGGCCGAGAUGGUGACAUUCAAAAACCUUGAAUUGACUGAUGAGAAAGAGGAGCUCUGCAGAAAGUAUGAAGACUGUGGAGAGAGACACAGCUGAGGAAGGGCUGCUGCACCUUAUUGAUGGGCAGAGACCGGAUGGACCAGAGACCUGGCAGUAGUGAGUGCAAAAGAGGCGCUGUGAGUGUCUGCCAAACAAGUGCAGAUGUUGCAGAAAACAAGACAGAAGCGCAACAAGAUAAAAUGAAGCCUCAAAUGGAAUCUCAGUUAAAUAAGAAAUGGCUGAAAGCUUCAGUGGACAACCUCAAAAUAAAAAAAUCGAAGGAACCCGGGCCAAAUAUCCUGAGGUGGCUUCAGCAAUCGCUGAAAGUCCUGAAAGAGGAUUCCUCUGAACAGUACACCCUGCCCGAAUGGCUUAAAGCAUCCAUCAGCAACCUCCCGAAGGAAUGUGCUGAGGCAUCCAGGGAGGAUGUGAAUGGUUGGCUAGAAGCAUCGAUAAAUCAUCUCCAAGAAGAAGGGCCAGAAACCUGUGAUUUAGAUGUGCAGGGAAGGCUUGAAGCAUCUAUUGUAGGCAUUCAACAUCUACCAAAGUCCAAGUCAAAGUUUCGACGAAGCCGAAUAAAAGGGAUGGCUUGAAAAAUCAAUAGAGAACUUCAAGAAGCAACGUCCUGAAGGAUCUGUGGUGAAUAUAUUAGAAUGACUUCAAGGAUCCUUAGAAAGCCUGUCACUUUCUGGAGAACCUAGACCAGUUCUUGAAAAAUGGCUUCAACAAUCCUUGAAAAACCUGCAAGAGGAAGGUCCUGAUGUAUCUAAACAAGGUGCCCCAAAAUGGGUCAAAAUAUCUAUAAAGGAUCUUGAGGCAGAAGGACUUAAAACACCACAUCUAGAUACUCAGGAAUGGCUUGAAGCCUCUUUUAAAGGCAUUCGGGAUCUACAGAAGUCCACGGUGGAGAUGAAAAGAACUCUGAGGAAUAGAUGGAUUGAAAAAUCAAUAGAAAACCUCCAGAAGCAAUGUUCUGAAGGACCCGUGGAAAAUAUAUUACAACGGCUUCAGGGAUCCUUUGAAAGCUUUUCAUUUUCUGAAGAACCCAUACCACUUCUGGAAAAAUGGCUUCAGCAAUCCCUGAAAAACUUGGAAAAGGUGCUGAAACAUACAAGAUGUCAAAAAAUGGCUUGAAAUAUCUAUUAAGGAUCUUGAGGAAGGACCUAAAACACCAUACUUAGACACUCAGGAAUGGCUUGAAGCCUCUAUUAAAGGCAUUAGGGAUCUACAGAAGUCCUUCAAAUCUUUGCAUAGUCCUAUCAAGUUCACAUAUUAAACACAACGUUCAUAAUUUCUACACUGACAAUGCGAUUGGCGGUUUUAUCAGACAAGUGAUGAAAAGUAUAUUCUAGAAAAGCAUUCGAGAUGCCAGAGAUACCAUUGGCACCUCAGAUUCAUAAUUUGCAGAACGACAAUGGAAAUGUCAAAACUGCUGACAGAAAAAGAGGAGCUGGAAUUAAAACUUCAGGAGCUUCUAAAUAAAAAUCUCCAACUGGAACUCUGAAAAGAGUAGGAAGAAAAGCUGAGCAGGUGAGAAAGUUUAGAUAGCAACCCUGAAUUUCUCUUCCUUUCUCAGCUAUUUCAAUUAGUUUUCGUUUUAAACCAGUUUUAUGAUUCAAAUAAAAAAACCUAAGGGGGCUAUUUCACUCUGCUCUUGACAUUUUACAGGAAAAGGAGCUCAGGUGAGCCUGGGCAGCAAGACAAGCUUGGAGAGAAUAAGAAUCUCAGCUCCAAGGUUAAAAAAUAGGCUGGAGAAAAUCCACAACUCCUAUGGGAAAAUAAUGACAAAGAAGAAUUUUAUAGGUGAGAAAUAUUUAGAUAGAGCUUGACGUUCUCUUUCAAACUGAAAUUUAUUUAUUAGAGCUCUUAGGCCAGAUAUACUGGAUAAAAGAAAGAUUCCGUUCUUUCAUAUGUAUCUAUAGGUGAAUAAGAGAAGAGCAAUAGAUAUAAAGGAAUGCAUAAAUAAUGAGGAAUGUAGGUAUGCUUAGGAAUUCAAGUAAAAAAAGGCUAAGAGGGCUAAUAUCUCUCUGGUCCACAUAAUUUACAGAAAGAGAGCAAUGGUGUCGAAACGUGACAUUAUAAAACGAAAAGCUCCGAAUCAAGACUGAGAUGCUGACGUUCAAAAAUUUUGAAUUGACUGACGAGAAAGAGGAGCUCUGCAGAGAGCACAAAGAAAGACUACAGAGAUGAGAAAUUUUUAGAUUGCCACCAUGAACUUCCUGUUCCAGAAUUUCACCUUAGGUUCUCCUUAUCUUAGAAAGAUUGGACAAACCUGACAUUCUCCUUACUUCAGAAAGAAAUGAAUGAAUUAUGGCUCAUUAUACUUUUGCAUAUUCAAAUCUGAGGAGUUAAUCUCAUGGAAGUGAAUGGGAACAUAUGUAUAGGAGAGAUCUUUCAAUCUCCAACCCCCACUGCCCAACAAUAUUUAUACACUUACACACAAGAGUGAGAGCUUCCUGACAUCAAAACAGUUCCCAUCAUUUUUUAACUAAGAAUACUUGGUUGUUUGUCCAGAUUCACAUCUAACCACCUGAUUUUUCCUAGAGAGACACGACUGAGGAAGGGCUGCUGCACCUUCUUGAUGGGCAGAGACCAGAUGGAGCAGAAACCUAGCACUAUAGAGAGCAAAAGAGUCUCUGUGAGUGUCAUUACAGAAGACAAGACAGAAGCUCAAAACAAGACGAAGCCUCAAAUGGUGGAACAUCAAUUAAAUAAGAAAUGCUUAAAGCUUCGGUAGACAGCCUCAAAAGCAAAACAUCUGACAAACUCGAGCCAAAUAUCCUGAGGUGGCUUGUUUAAAUGUUUAAAGACAAAUCCGAAAAAUGUUGGAAUUGUCAUCAGGCAUCUGGAUCAUAUUACCAUAUGUGGUGGACAUGCGUUGAAGCGAAAAGAUAUUGGACUAAGAUACACACGUGGUUGGAGAAAAUGAUUAAAAAGCACAUAGACGUUAAGGCGGAAGUCUUUCUGUUGGGAAUUAUUCCUGAGAUAUAUACUAGAGAUAUAAAAUAUUUGAUUGUGAAUAUUAUUACAACAGCCAGGAUUGUGUUUGCCAAAAAUUGGAAAAAUGAGAAAUUACCUUUGCAAGAUGAAAUAAUUAGGAAGAUGAUGAAAUGUGCAGAGAUGAGUAAAUUGACUUUUGAAAUUAGAGAUCAAGAAGAUAAGCAAUAUUAUAAAAUAUGGGAUUUAUUCUAUA